AUGACUAAUAAGGACUCAGAAGGUUGUGUGAAUGAAGCAUUUACAGAUAACAAAACAGCAAUGACCACUGUAGACUCAGAGGAACCAACAUAUCCGAUCACUUCUAAGACGGAACCCACAGUGAUUCCAGAACACUCAGAGGGACAGGCACACCCUGUCAUUUUUAAUAUGGAACCCACAGUGAUUCCAGAACACCCAGAGGGACAGGCACACCCUGUCAUUUCCCAGACGGAACCCACAGUGAUUCAAGAACACUCAGAGGGACAGGCACACCCUGUCACUUCUCAGACGGAACCCACAGUGAUUCAAGAACACUCAGAGGGACAGGCACACCCUGUCGUUUCUCAGACGGAACCAACAGUGAUUCCAGAACACUCAGAGGGACAGGCACAUCCAGUCAGUUCUAGGACGGAACCCACAGUGAUAACUUUAGACCGAGAGGGACAAACAAAUCAGAUCACUUCUAUGACGGAUAUAUCUGUAAACUGUUCUGAAACGCCUGUGGUUCAUUCUGUAACAGAAAGUACCGACUCGUCACAUGAAAACCGUGGAGUUAUAACUACAUCUGACACCAGAGAGGUCAACAACAUAGCUUACCAUGAACAAACAGAGGUAGAUGGACAGGAUUCACAGAAAAAAGAUACACUGAAUGCUGAAUUGCAGAUAACUAAAUCUGUGCAAACGUCUAUACCGGAAAAGGAAAAAAAAGAUACUGAAUCUGUUUUACAGGUUAUCCCCGAAAGGAAAGAAGAAGACACCGAAUCUGUUUUACAGGUUGUUUCCGAAAGGAAGGGAGAAGACGCCGAAUCUGUUUUACAGGUUGUUCCCGAAAGGAAAGAAGAAGACACCGAAUAUGUUUUACAUGUUGUUCCCAAAUGGAAAGACAAAGAUAUAGUUAUUCAACUUCCAGCGGAUGAAUGUAACUUAUACUUCAAUACAGAAAUGAAAAGAGAACAAGAGUUAAAGGAAAAGUCAGAUAAAUUUGCAGAUGAUGGUCUUGAAGAGACUGUCACAAAUGUAGACGGGGCUCAGGAUGGGGGAUGGGGCUGGUUCAUUGUUUUGAGCAGUUUGAUGAUCCAUGUUAUCAUUGGAGGCUUAGAUAGAUCGGGAGGUAUACUGUAUCUAAAAUUUGAGGAGAAGUUCAAGACACCAGCUGCAGUUACAGCCUGGGUACCAUCUAUAUCUGGUGGAUUACGACUUUCUUUAGGUCCUGUCGUAAGUGUUAUGUGUCAUAGAUUCUCAUUCCGAUCCGUGGUUAUUUGGAGUGGACUUAUUCUGACUUUUGCCUUAAUAAUUUCAGGAUUUGCACCAAACAUAUACGUUCUAUUUGUGAGUUACGGUGUGAUUGGAGGUUUAGGACAGGCAAUGGCAUAUUCUCCCGCUGUUGUUAUUGUAAGUGCAUAUUUUCACAAAAAGCUUGGUACAGCUAUUGGACUAGCUACAUCAGGUGUUGGUCUUGGAACUUUUGCCAUACCACUUUUACUAGAGGCCUCUUUCACGUACUAUGGAUAUUUAGGAGCUUUAAUUAUGGCAGCAGCAGCAUCGUUUGAAAUAAUUGUUUGUGGAGCUCUGAUGAGACCAAUAUCUCUUCACAGACGCAUUACAGAGUAUAACAACAAGAAAAGGCAAGAUAUAAUAUCGGUCAGCAGUUUCUCUGCAAAUCAGAAUCGAAUCAUGUCGGAUUCAGAGCAGUCAACAAAGACAGAGCUAACUACAGAUGCUAGCCGAAAACGUCAAAAUGCAAUAAAACCACAACUUCUUAAUGACGUCGACAUUGUUAUUUCAGUUUCAGAAAACAAACGUAAACUGACCAGUAGAAAAUCCGUUGUUUCUAUGCUUCGCCGUGCAUCGUCUUUAUUCUUAUUUCAGCGUGAUUCCAGUAAAACAAAGACCAAAACUAAGUUCUUUGACUUUUCUCUUUUGAAAGAUCUAAGAUAUAGCGCAUUUUGUGUUGCAAUUUUACUAUUUACAUUAGCGUUCUCUUCUGGUAUGGUGUUUCUUCCUGCCUUUGCUCUACAGAUAGGAACAAGUGAAUUUGAAGCCGCGUACACAGUAGUUGUGUCGGGUGUAUCGGAUGGAAUUGGUAGACUAUUAGCAGGUUUCCUCUUUGACCGGAAGUUUAUGAAACCAUAUCGCAUUUACAUAUACAAUGUUCUAAUCGCUUUCAUGGGUGUUGUAUCAUUGAUUAUACCGUCAGUAACAACUUUCCAACAGCUCGCUGUAGCUUGUGCUAUAUAUGGAUUUACCAUAGGGAUGUACGUCUCCCAGAAGUCUGUUAUCAUCGUGGAUCUUCUUGGUAUUGAGAAUUUGUCCAAAUCUUUUGGUUUAGUUCUGUUCUUUCAGGGUAUUGGUGAUUUUAUUGGUCCUCCACUUUCAGGGCUCUUAAAAGAUUUGAAUGGCACGUACGACUAUGCAUUUUAUUUUGGUGGAAUCGCUGUUUUACUUGGAUCGUGUGUUCUUCUUGUGUCUAACAUUAUACAUUUCCUAAAGUCAAGACAGGAAUACCAGAUAUAACGCUAACUAUGGGUACCAGC